AUGUACAUCUUAUUUAUUACUAUCCUGAUUUGUUGCAAUGGAUUUUGUAGUGCCUCCUCGUCAGUGGAAUUGAUUAAGUUUCUCGAGACUGAGGAUCAGCUAAUCGAAAACUUAAAUGGCUAUGUGGAAAAAUUAAAGAAGAAAACGAUCUUAUUGGAGCAGUCUCUUUUAGGUAUGCAAGCAGAGCAUGAAAAGAUGAAUGACGACUAUGAAACUUAUUUAGGAAAUCCCCUCAACAGUUUUCGUCUUAUACACCGAAUGCAUACGGAUUGGAAAAAGUGGCAUCGGUAUAGCGCAAAUGCCCAUGAGCGUGAAUUAGUUCACAUUAGAAAGGCCCAUCAGAUGCGAAAGAAGCUGCCCACGGCUUUGGAUUUAGAGCAAGCCUCUCGUGGCAUCAAUGACCUCGUAUUCGUUUAUGAUUUGAAACCAGAAGAAAUAGCUGGUGGUAAUUUGGCGGGAUAUUCCAAGCCAGAAACAGCACUGUCAGCUCAAGAUUGCUAUGCUUUGGGGGAAUUCAGUGUCAGGGAGAGGAAACAAGAUCUGGCGGUGUCCUGGUUCAACGCCUCUUUGGCCCAAUUCACUGCAGACGAGCCCUUUUACGAAGUCAAUCUGUUUAGCAGGUCCUCUGUCCACAAGACCUGGGCAGUGCUCCUGAUGAAGAAUCAAGAACAUUCUAUCCUUUACAAACCACCAAAGGAAUCGCAUACAACCCAACUGUCCCAAUGGAUGAAUGAGGAGAUGAUCACCAAACCGAGUUGCCGAGGCUACCUUCGACAAGCCAGUCGACUAUUUUGCCGCUACAACAGUUCCACAACGCCCUUCACCCGCAUCGCCCCUCUAAGAAUGGAGGAGUUAAGCCGGGAUCCCUACAUGGUUAUCUAUCAUGAUGUGAUCUAUGAAAGCGAAAUUAAUUUGCUGCUCAACACAAGCAAAUUCGAAUUAUCCCUGGUCGAAACGGCAACUCUAUCAGAAUUCCGAGCCUCUCAGGAUUCCCAAAUUAAAUCAUCGGAAACCAAGGUAGCCAAAACGCUCACCCAGCGGGUGACCGACAUGACAGGUCUCAGUAUGGAAAUGAGCGAUGAUUUCUCCCUUAUAAACUACGGAUUGGGUGGCCACUUCUCAUUGCACACCGACUAUCAUGGUUACUCUAAUCAGAUUCGAUGGAAAAAAGGCGAUCGUAUAGCCACAGUUUUGUUCUAUCUGGGAGAUGUGGACUCUGGUGGUGACACCAUAUUUCCGAUGAUUAACGUGUCAGUUACGCCAAAAAAGGGAUCUGCGGUGUUUUGGCACAAUCUACACAACUCUGGCGAUAUGAAUAAGAAAACCCUGCACUCUGGCUGUCCAGUUAUUGUUGGCUCCAAAUAUGUGCUUACCAAGUGGAUAAAUGAGUUGCCUCAAAUGUUUUCCACCCCCUGUAUAAAUAAGCCAUCUUAAGAGAAAACCUUAUUGACCCCAACUAAGUUCUUCACGGGGAUUUCAUAUACCGUUUUUAUAUCCUAACUUUUAAGCAAUAAGUUUUAUGUUAUCAUAAAAAAAACGUGUUUAAGAGAUAUAGAAAUAAAGCGGAUUCCUUUAAUAUCACGCAAA